CACUCACAUGCAGAGGUUAGUGGGAGUGUUCAAAGGCUGGACAGACAGUCAUAUUCAAACUGAGUUCAGGGACUGUUUCAUUUAGUGCUGCUCUCUGAUCGACCAUGAAGCUGUAUGUGAUCCUUUUACUGUGUGCUCUGUUCACCAUCAUCCAACAGGCAUCUUCACAAAAUAAGUGUACAUGUGAGUUGACUAAUUCAGAGAAGGCAUUCCCUCAUGACAAACUCAGCACAGUGGAGGGCAAUGCAUCAAAAUGCAACAGCAACAUCACCCCACAGAAGACUCUGGAGCUGGAGAGUCUGCUGCUGGGUUUGGAGCGACGUCUGCCCCAGCUGCAGGAAGAUGUGUCGAUGCUGGAGAGGGAGGAUGACGGAGACCUCUACGCAGUUCUCAGCCUGUAUGUGAUAGAGAAUGAACUGAUGGAGAUCAAGCAGCUCAUUGACAGGCUCAACAGCACCACCAAGGCACACCAGGGUCUGACUGCUGACACCACUGAACAGCUGAAGAACCUGAGAGCAGAGAUGCAGAAGCUGGAGACAUACGACACCAUGCAGGUGGUGAAAGGACAACGAGACAACAAGCAUCUGAACAGCGAACUACAAAGGUGCAAAAAUGGACCUCUCCCCACCACCCAACCCACUCAACCUCUACAUGGUAAAUGUCCCCACGGUCAAUUUCGGAACAUUACUGGCCCGAGGGUGUACACAGCAGGAGAGUACCCUGGCUCCUAUGCUUAUGGAGCCUGGGGUCGGGAUCCCAAACCAGCGGUGGGAAAGGAGAGCUGGUAUUGGCUGGUAAUGAUGACCUCCAGCAACAGAUACGCCAACUACAUCCGUCUCUACUCUAGCCUGAGCUCUCUCAUUGUUGGGGUGAGCGCCCCAGGUAAUGUCCAGAUCCACUCCUCUAACCCAACCACCAACACUAUCCAGGGUCCAAAUGUUGUGCUGUAUGGAGAGGCCUUGUACUACAACUGUUACAACCAAGAUGCUGUUUGUCGAUUCAACCUCACCACCAAAACUAUCACCACUUUACAACUACCCAAAGGCACCAGGUUUAACUCAAAGGGUAACUUCUGCCACCUUGAGGAAUGCUACCCGUUCACCGACCUGGACCUGGCAACAGAUGAGUCAGGUGUUUGGGUGAUCUAUACCACCAACCAGGACUAUGGCAACCUGGUGCUGUCCAAGGUGGAGGAGGAUGAACCACUGACUCUUGGCCAGACCUGGCACACCUCGGUCUACAAGCAGGGGGUGACCAACACCUUCAUGGCCUGUGGCGUGCUCUACGCAACACGGUAUGUCAACAAAACCAUGGAGGAGAUCUUCUAUGCAUUUGACACCACGACGGGGGUAGAAAGGUUCAACGUUGGAGUUUUCAUCAAAAAGAUGACUCCCAACAUUUAUUCCCUGAACUACAGCCCUGUGGACCAGAUGCUACAUGUCUACUGUAACUCCUACAUGGUCUCCUAUAAGGUCUUGUUUUGGUAGGGACAUGUCUCUACCAAUAUUCAGCGACUACUGAGUUGUCUUUAGCAAUAACUGUGAUUAAAAACAUGUAAAUAUAACCACUGUUGUCCGUCAGUGUCUGGUCAAUGUAUUAGGAACACGCAGGGUUAACAGAUCUCAUUCUCUACUACGAGUCCACUGCGUUUUGGUUCACAGGUAUUUUGUCUUUAGCCAUUGGUCUUUUUUUGUGCCAAAAUAUUCAAUAUGAAUUAUGAGCUCAUACAACUGAAUCUUUUGUGCCCCCUCACACACGCCGGUAACUGACACACAGUUUUCAUUGCAGUCUGACUGUUUUGAUAGACUUAGCAACUUUUCAGACCCUCUUAUCUACUUUAUUUGUAAAAAGUAUCUAGCAACAAUCAUGUGAGUUAUUCAGAUCAUCAGGGAGAGUGAUGAAAUAUACACAUAUCUAUUAGAUUGUAAUUAAUUCCCCUGCAUGCUGCUCAGAAAAAUGUCAAUCAGCGGCUCUUCUGGCAGCAGCACAGUGUCUCUCCCUCUCCUCUCGCACCGUGCACACGCAGGCAGAAUUGAGAGUGAGUUAUGCUAUGGUUAUGGCGAUAUUGUUUGUCUCUCGCUCUGAAUUUUUGUGGCAUCACAGGAGGAGAACAAGGUCUAGUCGCAGCAGACUUUGUAGUGAUGAGAAAAUUGUUUCAUUCACAUGCUACUAGAGCGAACAGAUUCAUGAACAACUUUCAAAUGAGAGAGAUGCCAUUCCUGCCAAAACCGAUCAACAUUAUAAAACAACAUUUUAAUAUAGCAAAUAUAUUUUGACUACUAUUUUACUGUUUUUAAUAUAGAACUGUAAUUCUUGUAGAUUACAAUUGUUAAGCUUGUAUCUUACAAUAAUUAGCUGUUAGCGCUUUCCGCAAGUGCAUUCGAUUUCAUUUACCAUUUAAAAAACGUCUCAGAAUAAUGGACAGCUUCAGAAAGGGAGGGAGAGAACACCCAGUGUUCUGAAAUAAGAGAUGUAUUAUCCUCCAUUACACAUCCUCCAUUACACAAAUGAGAGGUAACUUCUCAACAUCUUGUGAAAAAAAACAACAAAAUUAAGCUCUUCGCUGCAAGAGUCAGGCACUUCCAAAAAACCCAAAACAAAAAUAAUUUGUGUGUUGUUGGUUUUUUUUUACAUAGAAACAACUAUUUGUCUUGAAAAGGCAACUGAUAUACACAUUUUCACCAGGGGCAGAAGCAGCUGUAAACAUCA